CCUAUAUCAUUCAAACUCAUUCACCAUCCACAUCGUCUAGUGAUCAAAACCUACGACUAUCACUAUGGGAAAACAGGCACGUGAACGUCAACUGGAACUUGAAAAAAAAGUAUUGAAAUUAAUACAUCGCGAAAAAGAACUUCGAAUCACUAAAGAUCAGACCUUGGCAAAAUUGAGGUAUAAAUGUGAACUUCUAACUCGAAUAAAUGAAUUGCGUCAAGAACAAUUCGAACUAAUGCAAGAGAAAUUCAAUUUGGCAUUAACAAUGGAAGUUGAAGCUGCUCUCCAGUCACGUUUAGAGCAGAUCAACGAAGAGCAGAAAACCGUCGUCAACACCCAGGUGGAUAUCGUUAAAGAAGACGCUGCCUCUGCAGAAGCUCGGAAUAUUUCUUGCCAAGACAUUGCCGAAAAAAUGCAACGAAUGGACAAGGAACUAAGUUGUGGAAUCUGUUCAGAAUUGAUUAUUUUCGCCACAUCGUUAAAUUGCAUGCAUACGUUCUGCCAGUACUGCGUUACCCAAUGGAAAAGCUUUGAAAAGAACAGAGCGCCCGUCAUCAGCUGCCCUGUUUGUCGAGAACCGAUUGUUUCCGAAAAAAGAAACUUUUCAAUAGACAACAUAGUUGGCAUCAUGGUCGAAGUCUGGCCAGAAGAAGAAAAGAAUAAUAGGAAAGAUUUGGUAAAGCAACACCAGGAACUUACCCGAAAUCUGUUGUCGGGAUUACGUCAACCAGGAACAACGAAUCCGUUUUACCAGAUAACUAACCGCAAUGUUUACAUGGGAGAAAUGCAAAUCGAAGAUUUACCAACACGUCCUGCCACCAAUUUACAAAAUGUUCCUCGUCGUCGUACCCGUUCAGCAACUUCGUCUCGUCCCACAAGUGUUCGUCGGCUUCAAACGUCUGCACGACCACGCUGGCGUUGAUUCUCAAGUCAAGUAUAAUCUAUUUUUUUUUUAUUUUUUAAUUCCCCCCACAUUCUUUGCUCGUUGCUAUUU